GGGACUUGAUUGGCUAUGGUAGCACGUACAGGUACUGUAUAUAAACGGUCUCCAUGUGAGACAGCAGAAACUUUCCACCCCUCCAGCGACAUAUCACCAUAUCAUCUUCACAUUCUCCACUCCAGGUAGAAGUCCAAAUGGAGCGAGCUGUCAUCAUGAUGUGCCUGUUUGUCGCUUGCUCGACUGCUCCUGUUCAGGAGAGUGAAAACAACGAGGAGAUCGCGGCGCAUGCCAAUGAGGCCCUGAGGCUGAUGGAGAUGUACAGGCUGUACCAGCAGCAGGGGAUGGUGGCAAACCCUUUCCUUCCUGCAUCCGAGACUCCUGGAGUAGUAGCUGCUGGUGAAGCUCCACCAGCUGAGCCAGCUGAGGCAGCACCCAAGCAGGUGGAUAGUGCACCAGUUCAUACGGCCACUGCCAGUCCUCCUCCGCCUGCUGUUGCAGCGGCUCAGCCGGUUGGCGAUGUAUCAGAGGAAGAGGAGGAUACAAACCCUGCCUCAAAAGCUGCCGCCCCUUCGAACUCUGAGGAGGCAGAAGAGGCCGAGGACACCGAAGAGGCCGAGGAGGCAGCAGAAGCGCCCGCAGCAAACCCCGCAGCUCCUGCUCAUGUUCCAGCAGCGGUUGAUGCCGCCGCAGAAAUUGCAGCAGUUGAUACGCAGGCAGCUGUGGAUGCCCCCUCCGAAGCGACAGUUGGAGAAGUUGCAGCAGAAGCUGCAGCUCCACCAGCAGCGGAGGCCGACAGUGCUGUAGUGUAAUUCUGCCCUGCAGAUUUCUAGCAGCUAAUAAUGUUCAGAAAGGUGGAAUGGCAUGAAUAUAGAGGGAAGAAAAUUUGUGGGUCAAUGUUGACAUUGUGGAGAAGUUAUUAUACUGAGUGCAACUCAUCAGUCUUACCACAUACUACGUAUUCAAUAAAAG